AAUGUUGACGUUUCUCUUUAUCAAUUUACAUUUAUGUAGCCGCAAUUAAUGAGUUAAUACAAAUUACAAUACAAAACUGGAAACUAUUAGGCUCACAUUUUAUAAAUUAAUAUUCUAAAAACUGGUUUUCGUGGAUAAGAUUUCAUAAAGAGUAACAUAAAUUUAAUUUAUUGUCCCUGUGGCUUAAGUUUCAAACAUAAGAUAGUUUUUAUUUUGGUAAGUGGAUUUAGAAAUAAAUAUGGCUGAAAGGGAGCCAAUCAGUGGAUCAAGCCGAGACUAUGGGGCAAUUGCAGCACCUCCCACAGUUGCCUUCGCCGACUUUAGUCCUACAGAACUAUAUAACCUCAGUGAAGGCAUAGCUGAUAAUGUGAAUACCAUUAAUAAUGGAUUGAGAGCAUUAGAAAAGAUGAUGAAACAAAUUGGUGGACCUAAUGACAGUAUUCAGCUCAGAGAUAAAAUCCAUGAUACUCAACAGAACGUGAACAGCUCUGUAUCAGCGACAGCAAGAGAUAUACAGAGACUAGGUGUGGUUGUUCGUAGAGGAGAUAAACCACAGAAGUUACAAGUAGAGAGACUAACACAAGCUUUUAGGGAUGCUCUUGCAAAAUAUUCUUCUGUGCAAAAGCAAGUCUCAGAAAAAAUGGCAGCUCAUAUGCCAACUCAAGGACGUUCUAGGAACGACCCUCAAGCUCUAGAAAGACAGGCCAUUGCAGAUGAUGAAGAAGCCUCACUAUUGUCUAAUCAGCAGGCUCAGGCUCGUCUCGUACAAUUCGAAACGAGUAUGCUCAUAGAGAAGGAAGCUUACAUGAAUAAGAUAGAGGCCGAUGUCCUCGACGUCAAUCAGAUCAUGCAGGAACUGGCCGACAUGGUGAAUGCGCAAGCGCAAUCCGUUGAUACUGUUGAAAGUCACAUUGAAGCUGCGAGCGCCAGCGUUGAAGCGGGAGUCGAUGAGUUAGCCAAAGCAGCUGAAUACAAACGUAGAUAUAGAAGGAAAAUGAUGAUCUUCAUUUUAAUCGGAACUAUUCUCGCUAUCAUAUUUAUCAUAUGGGUGGUAAAAGCAUUUAAAUAAUCACAUAACCAAAUUAUAUUAAUACAACUUGCAUAUGGCAAUCAUUAUAUUUUUUAUUAUACGCCAUAUUUUUUUCUGGUCAUGUUCUUUCUCCACUAAUGAAAAAAAAUAAAGAAAACGUUUUUGAUUGUGUAUAUAUAUAUUUAGUAACAAACUCAAACGAAGGUAUGAUUUAAUUCCUUUGUCUAACUUUUAAAUUUCAUCUUGAAAAAAAAACAAUAUAUAUAACAACAAUAUAAAAGGUAGAAAGGAAGGCUUAAACAUUGUUUACUUCGUGUUAUGAUAAUGUUAAGGAACAAAAACUUUUCAGCGAAAACUGAUCAAAAUUUUCUUACAAUGAUAAUUAUUUGGUUUAUAUUUAUAACUUAUUGUGUCGAUUUACACUCAGAUAUAUUAAUACUAGAGAGACAACAAUAUUUUAAGAUGUUCCAGCAUUCAAAUGUCAAAGUGACAUUGGCAAGAAUAUUAAAAUUUUGUCACUACAAUGUAUUUAAAAAAAAGAAUACGAUUAAUUAGAUGUUAUAUAAUCUACAUAUAAUAGAUUUUAUGCUAUAAAAUGUUUUUAAUUUAGUAAAAGAUUUAUUGUACCUUAAUCGAGAAUUACUGAUAUGUUUAUGUGCUCGAGUAGAUUUAAAAAUAAAAUGUAAAAAAUGUUUAAUUUACAAUAAUUGUUACUGGUCUAUAAUAUAAAGAGAUUGAUAUAAAAAGGUGUUUAAAAAAGAAGCGAAACAAGCUUUGCAAUUAGAAUUUUCAUUUAUAUAUUUAAUUUAAAAAACGAAUUUUAUAUAUACGUAUACUUAUCACUCUUAAUUUAAACGAACAAAUUUUUUAAUAAAAAAUAAUUUAAUUUAAAUAUUUAUUUUUUUAACAUUGCGUUCUUGUCUGCUUAGUUUUAAAAACCAAUGAAAUAAGCAUAUACUUUCAAUAUUUUUAUUUAUAACUUAAAAGUUUUUGAUUGUUUAUUUUUCAAUCAACAUCAUAAAUCUCGAUAAAUACGUCAGCAAUUAAUAACAGUUACCUGUGAAUAACCAUUUUCAUUAAUAAAAUGCUAAGAUUCAAAGAUAUCAAGUUGCUAUAAAUUAAUGCAAACAGCAGUGAGCAAAAAAAGUAGCAACACUUUAAUUCGUUCUUCUAAAUGUAAUUAUUGUAACCUUUAAUUUAUAAAAUACAAGUGUUUGCUUAACAACAUCAAAUUAUUAUUUUAAAGUGAUAAACAGAUUGCUUAUCAUAAAAACCAAAAAAAUAUAUACAUUAUUAAAAAAAGAAAAAACAUUUUGUCCAUAAUAAUUGUUAUAUUUUUUAUAUAUAUCGUCUAUUAACCCUUUUUAAUAUAAAAACUGGCAAUAAUAAGCAUAUGGGUUAUAACUAAUGGUAAAGAUUUCAAAACAAUCACCAAUUUGUUUUUACUUGUAUUUGUAUUUUUGAAGUAGAAUAUUGUAAUGUAACGUGUAUGUCUAAAAAGAAAUUUGAAGACUUAUGUUCGCUAACGCAGGAGAACAGUGAUGCAAAAAAAACAGUAUUCGUCUUCAGAGCAGAAAUGUAUACGAAACAAACUCAUCAUACUUGCAUGCUUUAAAAAUCUACUUUUGUCUAUGAUUAUUUUACUAUGAAAUUGCAUGAUUUUAAAACACUAUACCUUUGUAUGUUACUAAAGAAAAUCUGAAUUCUAAAUUUUAAUGCAAAUGCAAAAAAUAUGAUUGUUUUUAUUUAGAUAAAUAGAUAAAAUUUCGUUAUUCGUUUUUUACGCUUAGCUUUAAUUUAUAGUUAUAUAGGUGGUUUAAAAAAAAAUAGACAUGAUAAUUUGAUGAUGAAAAUUACUGAUAUUAUUUUUAACUAUAUUCUAAAAACGUCAAUAUUAUUCAUAAGUUUUAUUACCAACUUUUGAUAAUGGUAACAAUUUUUUUUUUCUUUUCUGGCAACAACAAAAUUUUGGUGUUACAAAAUAUACUUGGGGUGCUAUCUUGAUAUAUGAGUGACAGUUGCCUAAAUAUGCAUGAAGUCAAUGUUACCAUUAUCAAAUAGGAAAACACUUAAUUUAUUUUAAUAUAAACAGUAUUUAUUUUGUUAUUCUUAUUUAUUUAUUCCAUUAAAACAAAAUAUAGAUAAAUCGUAAUAUAAAAACUGUAACCCUUCAAGUAUUU